UCGGGCCGGGUUGCGUUGCGUUUGCGCGCGCGGGCGGUUGUCGUCGUCGUGACUCGAUCGGUCGCGCGCGGCUUCGUGUUCGCGAUCCGGCAAUGGCGGCCUGUAGCACCAGAGGAGGAGGCGGCGGCGGCGGGAAGAAGACGAGGAGGAUGCCGCAGGAGAGGGUGGCCCUCGGCCUCGGGCGGCGCGCGGCGUGGAGGGUGGCCGGCGUCGCCGUCCUCCUCCUCCUCCUCGCCCUCCUAGCCCGCCGCGCCGGCGGCGGCGGCGGUGGAGCCGUGUGGCGCGUGGCGUUCGUCUGCGAGGCGUGGUUCACGGUGCUGUGCCUGCUCAACCUGAACGCCAAGUGGAGCCCCGUCCGCUUCGUCACCUACCCGGACAACCUCGACGACAGAAUGGAUGAGCUCCCGGCAGUGGACAUGCUUGUGACGACGGCGGACCCGGUGCUGGAGCCGCCGCUGGUCACCGUGAACACGGUGCUCUCGCUGCUCGCCCUCGACUACCCGGCCGCCGGCGAGAGGCUGGCGUGCUACGUCUCCGACGACGGGUGCUCGCCGGCGACGUGCUACGCGCUGCGGGAAGCCGCCAGCUUCGCCACGGCGUGGGUGCCCUUCUGCCGCCGGUACGGCGUCGCCGUCAGGGCCCCCUUCCUCUACUUCUCCUCCACGCCGCCGGAGCUCGGACCGCUCGAUCACAAGUUCUUGGAAGACUGGACGCUCAUGAAGGAUGAAUACGAGAAGUUAGCCCGCCGCAUCAAGGAGACGGACGAGCGCUCCCUCCUGCUGCAGCACGGCGGCGGCGAGUUCGCCGAGUUCUUGAACGUCGAGAGGACGAACCACCCUACCAUCAUCAAGGUUCUUUGGGAUAACAGCAAGAGCAGGAUAGGAGAAGGGUUCCCGCAUCUCGUAUACGUCUCGAGGGAGAAGAGGCCCAUGCACCGCCAUCACUACAAGGCGGGCGCCAUGAAUGUCCUUAUGAGGGUAUCAGCGGUGAUGACCAACGCGCCGAUCGUGCUGAACACGGACUGCGACAUGUUCGCGAACAACCCCAAGGCGUUGCUCCACGCCAUGUGCCUGUUGCUGGGGUUCCACGACGAGAUCAACAGCGGGUUCGUCCAGGUGCCUCAGCGAUUCUACGACGCCCUCAAGGAUGAUCCCUUCGGAAACCACCUGGAGUGUUUCUUCAAGAGACUUGUCCGAGGGAUUCAAGGACUUCAGGGCCCUUUUUAUGCUGGAACAGGCUGCUUUCACCGUAGGAAAGCCAUUUACGGCGUGCCGCCAAACUGCAACAAUUCUUCAGGUUCAUCGUGUCACAAGGAGGUUCAGACCAAGUUUGGAAAUUCAGAGGAGCUGAAAGAAUCAACGAAACCCAUAAUCUCUGGGGACCUGUCGUCUACCAAGCCAAUGGCAGAUGUAUCAGGCCGUGUUGAUGCGGCAAAGGAAGUCUCAGCUUGCAACUAUGAGGUUGGAACAUGCUGGGGUCAGGAGGUCGGUUGGGUCUAUGGAUCGCUAACAGAAGACAUACUGACCGGGCAGCGGAUCCACACCAAGGGUUGGAGAUCCACGCUGAUGGAAACCGAGCCACCGGCGUUCAUGGGAUCGGCGCCGGUAGGAGGGCCGGCCAGCCUGACCCAGUUCAAGAGAUGGGCGACAGGUCUGUUUGAGAUCAUCGUCAGCCGGAACAACCCAGUAUUCUCAGCCAUGUUCGAGCGCCUCCAACUCCGGCAAUGCCUCGGCUACCUGAUCGUCUAUGGGUGGCCCGUCAGGGCGCCUUUCGAGCUGUGCUACGGAUUGUUGGGACCUUACUGCUUACUAACAAACCAAUCCUUCUUGCCAAAGGCAUCAGAAGAUGGUUUCAGCAUCCCGUUUGCCCUCUUCUUGUCCUACAACGCAUACAGCUUCAUGGAGUACAAGGCGUGUGGGCUCUCCGCCCGUGCCUGGUGGAACAACCACAGGAUGCAACGCAUCGUCUCCGUCUCCGCCUGGCUGCUAGCGGUUCUCACCGUGCUCCUCAAGACCCUGGGCCUCUCCGAGACCGUCUUCGAGGUCACCAGCAAGGAGGACAAGGCCGGCACGCCGAGUAAUGGCGACGACGGCGGCGGCAUCGACGGCGCUACCCGCCCCGGGAGGUUCACCUUCGACUCGUCGCCGGUGUUCAUCCCCGUGACGGCGCUGGCGAUGCUAAACGUCGUCGCGAUCGGUGUCGGAGCAUGGAGGGUGGCUUUCCGGGGAGCGGAUGAUCCGGCCGUGCCCGUGCCCGGUGGUGCGCCGGGCGUCGGUGAGUUCGUGUGCUGUGGAUGGCUGGUGCUGUGCUUCUCCCCGUUUGUGAGAGGGCUAGUGGGCAAGGGAAGCCAUGGCAUCCCUUGGAGUGUCCAGCUGAAGGCCAGCUUGGUUGUGUCUAUGUUUCUUGUCUUCUGCAGAAGAAAUUAAAUUUUGAUGCACACAAGCACAGACAGGCAGCUAGCUUGAUCUAAGCACAGCUCAGAGGUAUAGGAAUUGAUGGACCAUGUAUCGAUCAUGCUAUGAAGCAACAGUUCUGCCUAUUAUUGUAAGCAACAUGUCUGUAACUGCAACGACGAAGGAAACGGGUUUCACUUUCACCUCCCCGGUGGUGUACUUGUUUUGUCCAAAAACUUUAACUGAAUUCUGCAAAAUUCAGACGAACUAAAUUCAAAGCAGAGACUGGUUUAAUUCCU